AGUGGAAGCCCACGAAUGAUCUCUAGAUAUUUAGCUGGCCAGCCACUGUUAGUUAGGUUGUUAGCAACCAUUAAUAUCUAUUAGUUAAAUAUAUAAUAUUGGUUAUUCCAAUAGCUCGACAAAUAACGUUGAAGUCCAGGCCAUUUGAAUUUAGAAUUCCGCGAAUGGACCGUGAACAAUAACGUUAAUAGCAGUACAUCAAGGCAAGGAUAAACGAGUAACGUUAACUGACUGGCAAGCAAGAAAAUAAGCUGAUCGAGGAGGAACAGUGGAGAAUGUGAAGGACAAUGGCGAACUUUGAAGCUUACCAGGAGUACCAGCGGAUUGAUGACUUUGAGGAGGACUCACCUCCCGGGGAGGAGGACCUAUUAGUGCAUGUGCCAGAGGGCCUGAGUGACUCAUGGCACCAUAUCAAGAAUCUGGACAACUUCUUUACAAGAAUCUAUCAGUUUCAUCAGAAAAAUGGCUUUGCUUGUAUGAUGUUAUCAGAGUUCUUUGAACUUUUUCAGUUCCUGUUUGUGGUCACUUUCACAACAUUCCUCUUCAACUGUGUGGAGUAUGAUAUACUGUUUGCCAACCGGGCAGUGAACCACACAGGACCUGGCCAGAACCCCCUGGACAGGAACAAGGUCUCUCUGCCUGAUGCCAUCCUACCAAGCCAGCAGUGCACUGAGAGGAUCCAGGAGAACAGUUGGAUCAUCUUCCUGCUCAUCAUGGCGACCAUCUUCUGGGUCUACCGGAUGAUCAAGGUCUUCUGCAACAUCCUCAGCUACUGGGAGAUACGCCAGUUCUACAUCAAAGCACUGAAGAUCAGCAUGGACGAGCUGUGUAACUUCACAUGGCAGGAGGUCCAGGACCGUCUGAUCAGCCUGCAGCGGGAGCAGCAGAUGUGUAUCCACAAGAAGGAGCUAACUGAGCUGGACAUCUACCACCGCAUCCUGCGAUUCAAGAACUACAUGGUGGCCAUGGUCAAUAAGUCACUGUUACCUGUACAGCUUCAGCUCCCCCUUCUGGGAAACCUGGUGUUCCUCACCCAGGGUCUCAAGUACAACUUUGAGCUGAUUCUCUUCUGGGGUCCGGGGUCGCUGUUCCAGAACAAAUGGAACCUGCACCCCAAGUACAAGCGAGCAGGGAACCGUCUGGAGCUAGCCCAGCAGCUGAGCCGGAUCAUUCUUCUACUUGGCGUGGCCAACCUGCUCCUCUGCCCCUUCAUCCUGGUGUGGCAGGUGCUCUACGCCUUCUUCAGCUACACCGAGAUCAUCAGGAGGGAGCCAGGGAGUCUGGGAGCACGCCGCUGGUCUAUGUUCGGCCGCCUCUACCUGCGCCACUUCAAUGAGCUGGACCACGAGCUGCACGGCAGGCUAGGCCGCGGCUACAAGCCCAUCUCCAAGUACAUGAACUCGUUCACCUCGCCGCUCCUCACCGUGCUGGCCAAGAACGUGGCGUUCUUCUCGGGCUCGGUGCUGGCCGUGCUCAUCGCACUGACCGUGUAUGAUGAGGAUGUCUUGACCGUGCAGCACAUCCUGACCGCCAUCACCGUGCUGGGAGUGGUUAUCACCAUCACCAGGUCCUUCAUCCCAGACGAACACAUGGUGUGGUGCCCGGAGCAGCUGCUGCAGUGUGUGCUUGCUCACAUCCACUACAUGCCAGACCACUGGAGGGGCAACGCCAACAAGAGCGAGACCCGGGACGAGGUGGCACAGCUGUUCCAGUACAAAGCGCUGUUUAUCCUGGAGGAGCUGCUGAGCCCCAUCGUCACGCCCUUCAUUCUCAUCUUCCUCCUGAGGAACAAGUCCCUGGACAUCAUCGACUUCUUCAGGAACUUCACUGUGGAGGUAGUUGGGGUCGGAGACAUCUGCUCCUUCGCACAGAUGGACAUCCGUCGUCAUGGAAACCCUCUGUGGAUGUCUGAGGGCCAGACGGAAGCGUCUGUGUACCAGCAGGCUGAGAACGGCAAGACUGAGCUGUCUCUGAUGCACUUCACCAUCAAGAACCCCCGUUGGCAGCCCCCCCAGGAGAGUUCAGUGUUCAUCAGCCAACUGAAGGAGAAGGUGCACCAGGACGCCCAGGGAGGACCCCCCACCCAGCUGCUGCUCUCUGAGGCCCCGCUCUGCUCCUCACUGCUCUCCAACGGGUCCGGCAAUGAACCUGACAACCUAUUGGCAAGUGUCCUGGCCCACCCUGUGCUGACCGCGUCAGGCCUACCAGGCCGAGACCGCCGCUUCGUUCCUCCCAGCACGGCUGCCUCUGCCGCCGCCAGCGUCCUGGCCUCUCUAUCCAGCUCCCACUCUCAGCUCCCCCACGCCAGCCGCUCCCGCUCACAUGUCCAUCUGCCUUCCACCGACCCCGACAGCACCAUGUACUGCAGUGACCGCACCAUCAUCGACAGCAUGUCAGGGAGUGAUUCUCGAAUGAAGAGCACUACAUUGCUAUCAGAGUUUGCCUCGGCUGAGAUGAGUCUCCAUGCUAUUUACAUGCAUGAGGUCCACCAACAGAACUCACUCCCCCACCAGAGGACAUUCGGCCAGUGGCAGAACCCAGUGCCAAUGAGAGAGCUAAGCAGCAACGCUGGUUCUCAGACGCACAGCGUCCACACCGCAGUCAGCCUGUCUAAUAUGCCCACCCCGCUGCGUCUGGGAGGUUGGACGGAGGAAGAGGAGGGGGAUGCAGAGGAAGAGGAAAUCCUCAACAGUGGGUCGACUCCUAAACAGGACUCUAGGAGUAGCUAUUGAAGUGCCUUAAAUAAAUGGUGUUUACACUUUCCUUUCUGGAUGAACAUUGUGGCCUUAGAUGAUCUUUUUGGAGUAUAGGAUAGAUAGGACCUUUAUGACGUCAUACAGCACAGGCAGCUGGGGAACUCAUUGGAUAACCACCCUCCAACCACUCUCCAUGCCUCUCCUCCUAUCACAUCAGGAGGUUUUGUCGUCAGGGAAACCAAAUGUCUUCCGUCCCUCUCCAUGUCAUUUUUUUUGUUAUAGAAUGUAUUUACAUCGCUCAUAGAGGUGUGUGUGUGUGUGUGUGUGUGUGUGUGUGUGUGUGUGCGUGCGCGCGCUUUGGGACUCUGGGAAAGAGUGGCAUGCACAGCUAGGACACUUGCAAGGCAGGCUUGAGCAUGGUACACAGCAAAACCUGUCACACUUUUGUUGCAUAUUCAUGUUUUUUUUAUAUAUAUAUAUAUACAAGUUUGAUUUGUGCAUUUGGGAGGUUUACAAUAUGGGUCUGGGUUCACUUUCUCAUGGUGGAAAUGGUGUCUUUCUUGGUGCUGAAGAGACUAUGGAGUGAAGGUGUAUCAUACUAGCUGCCUGACCAUGUUCACUAUAUGAGGAAUGUUAAGUGCAAAAUUCUACAUUGGCAUAUUUGGCCCUUACUUAUUGCUUGACAUUUGUAAAUACACUUUAGCGUCUUACCUCUAUAUGAAUAUUUAAGUUUUGUUGUUUUUAGUCCUUGGGGCAGUUUUAAUCCUUGGGGAAGAUGGAAAAGUACUGAAAACAGUGACAUGAAGCAGGCUGCAACUAUAUACUACUGCUACUACAGAUAGGCCCCCACUAGAAAAUAUGACAAAAGCCUACAGAUGCGCUAGAUUAAUUAACCACAAUUGUAAACAGGAUAAAAUCUAAUUAAAAGCUGCUGUCUGAUUUAAAUGGGCCCACUAUUAUUAUCUUUCUUUAAUAUCCUGGGUGACUCUAAGACAGGAUUCAACAUAUAAUAACUUGAUUAUUUUGUAUCAAAGUAUCUUCCAUGUACAGUCUCCACUGGCAACAGGGGUGUUAUACUUGACAAAGGUACAUACAUCAAGAUGACAUAUUUGCAGAGGCAGUAACUACAUUGUUGUGGGUAGCUAUGAGAAUAAGCUAUGGAGGGUUGCAUAUUAUGUACAGUAAAUCAAGAAGUGUUGUUGUAUACAUUGAUUUUGCAUGUAGUGUUCAACAUUUAGUUUACAAAACACUUUCCCCUAUGUACACACAAGUGAACUUCAUUAUUAUUUUGCAAUUACAGCAAUCAGAUCUUGAGGGUUAAACCUGUUGGUUUUCUGUUCUACCUGAUAGUUAAUUGCGCUCACUUGGUGUCCACAGUCUAAAUUAGUCCCUGAUUAGAGGGUACAAUGAAAAAAAUGCAGUGGAACUAACUUCGAAAUCCAGAGUUGAGAUUGAGGGGUAUAGAGGAUGAUGUGAGCUGGCCAAUCAGCGGUCUACUCACAUGAAUAUUUUUAAUGACCGGUAUAUACCCACACCAUUCUGUUUUUGGGGUAUGCCCACACCAUUCUGUUGUUGAGGUAUGCCCACACCAUUCCAACACAGAAUAGCAUUCUUUUUAUAAAAAUAAUUUUACAUUCUUCAUUCAAAAACUGUGGAAGGAAAACAACUAUUUCUCUCAUAUUGUAAUUCAUUAUAUGUCAUAUUUCAUAGAAAUCUGUUAACUGGACAGUUACUUUAAUAUAUUUCAUUUAGUAUUUAUUGUUGAAAAAUAAUCUUUAUAGUAAAUACAUUCAUACCAAAUAUGAUUGGGAUCUAAUGUUAAUAACGGAAUGUCUUAACAGAAAUCUUGAAGGCACCCAUGUAAAUCUAACUUGUUUUCCUUAAUGUAUGUCUCAUACAACAUUGAACAAAACUGAUUUUAAAAAAUAUAUAUAUUUUUGUUGAAUUGCCUUUGACAAAACAUAUUUGCAUAUGCAACUUUGAAAUGAAACAAUCCUUCAUGUUGCUGGUUUCAUCAGUACAGUACAACUCAAAGGAGAGCACAUGUAAAAUGCUGAAUUCCCUAGAAAUACGUGGCAUGAUGUAUCAUUGGUACUGUAGCCAGAACAGUUUAUUGAAACAUUAUACUAAAGCUCCAUUACUGCUACAAUAACCUAGUCCACACCUAUAUGUAUAUCUCUGUAUCCUCCACAACAUUUUAGUCAUUUAGCAGCUGCUCUUAUCCAGAGUGACUUACAGUAGUGAGUGUAUACAUUUUUGUUUUGGUCCCCCGGUGGGAAUCAAAACCACAACCCUGGCGUUGCAAGCACCAUGCUCUACCAACUGAGCCAAACAGGACCACUAUUGUAAGACUAGAGAGUAUAUGUGUUUGACAACUUUUUCCCUUCAUUUAGUUUUUUUCAUUUGUGUUUUGAAGUGGUGUGGAUGGAAACAUCAACCUAUCUAUGCUAAGCUAACGUUGACUCAAGUUUUGCACUGAUUGAAAAUAAAAAUGAUAUUGCUAGAGACCUGCAUCAAACUAUAUUUUCGAUCAAGCCGAGGUCUCAAAGGAACAGUGAGUGGAACUCCCUUCCUGAAUGGCCUCUCUCACUAUAUAUAAUAACCAUAUGUAGGAUUGUUAUCAUCCAUACCGUGGGCCUAUCACAGACCUGGUUGUUGUUACCUCUGGUCAGCAAAAGUUCACCAAUUAGUGGGGAAUGUCUGUCAAUGUUUUAAGUAACAUUAUAGGCCUAGUCAAUGCCACAUAUGGUAUUGCUGUUGGUGUUCCAUUUGUUUUACUGAUGUAAUGAGUUUUAGGGGAGACGUGGUAGUUCAUGAGUCUUGCUAGAUUGCACUGCCUCUCCCUAUCUUUUUUUAUUUGAUUAUUUUUCUUUAUUUUGAGCAGUGCCUUAGGGUUAGCUUUAGUUCUUAUUAGAAACCAUUGAAACCGUCAGAGCUCAUUUUACUUUGUAUUUUAGCAGCACAUAAUGUACAGUAUUUCUUUUGGCAGGACUGUCAUGUUUUGGCACCAAGUAUACAGUGGGACUUGUAUUCUAAUAUUGUUGAUGAGUCCUGAGUAACAUGAACUACAACAGACUGAUAUUUGACAUCAAAGUAGUCAAAUCACUUUCACCUGAUGACAGAAUUAAUCUGAUCAAAGUGUUUUGUUCUGUACUGUCUGCCUCCCCAGUCCAAAAUAAUCAGUUGGGGAGGGGAAAUGUUCUAUACCCUUUUCAUUUAUGUUUAAUUAUUAUUUUAUUCCAUCCUUGAGGCUCCCCAUUCAAUAUCAUUGCUUCUUAUCCACUACAAACCAGUCCCCCCCCCCAAAAAAAAAAACAUGUUGACUGGUACAAGGUGCUACGUUUUCUUAGUGUUGAAUAGAUUUUGAGCCAUCUAUUCUUUGUUGCUUGGGUUUGUUCUUUUUGUUUGUUUUGUUUAAUUUAAGAAACACUAGCUGAGAAUGAACAAUGCCAAAAUAACUUGUUUUCAGCAAAGCUUUAUCAUACACAUUUUAUUUGUUUUCUGUAACUGAAUAGGCAAAGGAAUUCUUAUUGUGUGUAUUUAAUCAUUGAAGUGUGUCCCAAGAUCUAAUGUACUUGAUUUGAAAUAAAACAUGUAAUAUACA